CAUUUACAGCUCGUGUUUAUAUAACGCGAGCAUCUACUGUAGGUCAACCUACAGAUUGUUUGCAUAUUAAAUAAUUGCACUUGAGAUAAGCCAUGGCAGAGCAAACAAAGCAAUCAUUAAGUCAUUUGCAUCGAAAUGCUGCAAUUGUCAAGUCUCAUCUGCGUGCUGCUGUCGCUAACUUGGCCUGCAGCAGUGCAAGGCUUGGCUGGAAGCUUACGUCCGCCAUGGUGGCUCGCUCGCAGGCAAACGGCAGCGAGCGUCUGGCAGCUGCGACAGCGCUUUGUGCUGGAUCUGGUGCUGCAGGUGCAUAAGCCAUUGCUGCAGGCGCAGCUGGUGGAGCUGGGGCAAGAGCUUAACGCCGAUGCGAGCAACUACAAAGAGGGCACUUGGGAGAGCUUGUCGGACUUUAUGACACGUGUGCAGGAGGAUCGCAUGCUGGGCAUAUACAGCAUGUAUAGCCAGCUGGAGCUGGAGCUGCCGCAGCAGCUGCUCGGACUCUAUCGCUUUCUAGCGCUGGCCAAGGACUGGCGCCAGUUUCAGCGCAACGCCUGCUAUGCGCGCACUCACUUCAAUGCUGUGCUUUUUGUCAAUGCGCUGCAGCUGGCGCUGGAGCAGCGACAGGACACACAGGACCUGCAGCUGCCUGGCAUGCACGAGCUGCUGCCGCAGCUGUAUUUCGAUAGAAAUGUUAUACUGGCCGCACAACAAGUCAACUGGCAGCAGCUGGCGCCGGUGCCUUUGGUAACCAAACAUAAUCUGAAAGCAAAAUUGUAUGCGCUGCUGCAUCCGAGCUUCCGGCUAGCACUGGAGCUGGACUUGAUGCCUGCUACGCCAGUUGUUGUGGCAGCUGCAGCGCCGCGGCCAGAGCUUAGCUUGGAUGUGCAGUUGAAUGGACACUGGAGCAGGCUUAUCAGUCGCCUAAUGAUCUAUGCAGACUAUAGGCCAGCUAUAAUUGAUGGCGAUCGCUUGAUGGCAUUUGGCAGUGAGCGAGCUGCGCUUGCUUAUCGCCAGACUCUGGAGCGUGGCAGCCAUGCCGAAGCGGCUCAAGUGCUGCUGCACAAUGUGCAACAGUUUGUGGCGCUGCUAGCCAUGGAGGAACAACUAACGGGCGUGCCUACAAUGCAGAGCCUGCAGCUGGAAUUGCUGACAACAUUUGGUGUGCCCUAUCAGCAGACUCAAGUCAACUUUCAAGCUGUGCAGCAGCUAAUCAGGGCAGCGGUUCAGCAAUUGGAUGAGCAGCUAAAAGCGCAUGCAGCUGUUAACUGGCUAACUGUGGCACAGAUCUUGGGCAGACACUACUUUCAACUCUGUCGUCGCAUAAGCUUGGCUAUCAAUGGCCAACAAGUCAGUCCAAAUCUGCUGGGCAUGGCUACUGCCAAUCUGCGUGAUCCCAUUUAUCGUGAGCUGCUCAAGCAGCUGGCACAGCUAAGUGCAACUUAUGCAACACCAACAAAAGCCAAGCAGCAGCAGCAGCAGCAGCUGCUGCUGAUAAAGCAAAUCAAUGUGGAUACUUUGCACACCUUUGAGCAGCCUCUGGACUCGGAUCUCAUUAACUUGGUGGACCAGCAGCUGCUGCAGACGCAGCGCAAUAAUCUUCAGUACAUAAGGCGACGCCUUGUGGCACGCCAAACGCGUUUGAAUCACAAAGCUUUCAACAUCAGCUACCACUUGCAUGCCCAGACUCCAAUGAUUCUGCUUGCACGCUCCUAUUUGUUGCUACCUGGCCACAAGCACAUCCGACUGCUGCUUGAUAGCUUCGUCUUGGAGCUGACAGCGGGCGAGCAUGUGCUGCAGCGUCACUUUCCCUCCGCUGGCUUUGAGUCCACACUCAGCGAGCUCUAUGAGGCCAGAGAGGCGCAGGAUCUAGCUGCGACUAACAUAGGCUCCUGUUUAUUUCCACCACACUUGCUGCUGCCUCGAGGCACCGUGGCAGGUCGCAAAUUACAACUUUCGGUGGAGUUUAUACGCUGGAAUAAUACGGACGCAAAGGCGAAUUGCCAAUCGCUUGGCAGUGUGUUGGAUUGGAAUGCACCUGUGCUGGCAAGCUCGUUAGCAGAUGUAACAAUCCAGCAUGAAGAAUUUAAUGUGACUUAACUGAUAAAUAAAUAGAAAUAAAUAUGUAAGGUUCGACCACAAUCAAA